UCCCAGUUAAAAUGUUGCGGAUGUUAAAAUGCAAUAUGAGAACUUUGUAUCAUUAAUAACUACAACUUUUUUGUUUUGUUUCUGGAGUUGCCAGUAAACAUUGCUUAUUAGCAUUCGGCGAGUAAAGAAAAUGGGCACAAAUAUAAAUAGGUCAACCAGCCUCGGUCAGCCUGGGGAGGGAGGUGUUGCAGAUUACAGAGGCUGGCAAUCUCAGCCUCACUUGAUGGUGAAAUUACACAACAUGGCGGGCAUUAGAUAACAGGCAAGAGAGGGGAGACUGCUCGGUGCGUGUACAAUGUGCCCAUUCAUUCCUAUGCUGCUACCACGGUAAACACAGCCCCGCGGAGAGUGACCCCGGAGAGUCUUCAGUUCUUGGCAUGACCGCAUUAAAGCCUGGAUUUGUCCAGGGGAGCUGUCACCUGCCCCUUCAGCCCCGCACGAAGAGACAAUUCCAGCGGAAUCAGCGUUGUCACACACACAACACACACACACACUCAGGGGCAGUGCACAAUGGAAACGCUACACCGGGAUGAAAAAUUGCUGCAGCGCGCUGAGCGUAGAUUAGAUACAGGGGCGAGCUGGAGCUGGAGCUGGAGCCAAAUUGUUGGCAGAUGCAGAGGCAGAGGCAGGGAUGGUGGAUGGGGCGCAGUGCAGCCGACUGAUGUGACCAUCGGUGAAACCAUCGGCAGCAACAGCAGCAGCAACAGCAGCAGCAGCAGCCGCCGGGGACUCCGCUGGCACAGUUGCAAAAAGAAAAAAAAAAACCUAAACACAUCGCUGCUGCCCACAGCCACUGGAGCGCGUUAGCAAGGAAGGGGCGGGAGGGUUGGAGACGGAGUCUUGCAGCGAAUCUGCCGCCGCUCUCUCUCGCUUUGCACAUGUCUCUCCGUGGCAGGAGCUGUGCCGGGCGGUCUCGGUGCAGAGGACAACCCGCGGUGGCUGGGACAGCCGUGUGAAGCGAGCGGACAAGCUGCACCGACGAUGCCAGCCGCCUGUUGCAGCUCCAACCCCCUUGACAUCGCGCGGAAGCUGCUGUGAAGAAGGGUCUCCACCCGAAACCUCAGCCGUUCCUUCUCUCCAGAGAUGCUGCCUGGCCCGCUGAGUUACUCCAGCUUGUUCGGUCUAAACCACCAUCUGCAGUUCCUUCCUACACACACUACUAUUCCUUGAGCUUUGGUAACUUUUUGCCCCUCCCUGCCUGCCCCUGUCUGCAACCUGGCGCGGAGGUCUUCAGACAGACCUGUGUGUGUUUGUGUGUGUCAGCUACUCUCUCUCCCCCAUCCCGGAGCGCAGGAGAAGCAGAGUUGAACUAAACCCCGGGACGUGGUGUGUAUGUGCAUACAGACACAUACACACAGAGACUCUCUAAAGAGACUCCAACCCGCCUCAUGUCCUGGAGAGGAAUUCACCCGGGACAACUAUAGCUGGGAGAAAACCGUCCCUCCUAUCAAAGUUUGUGCUCAAGAUUCCAGCAGAUGCGGUCUCUUUGUGUGUCUCUCACGUUAAGAACCAGUUCGACUCAACGCCCCUUUAAAUUGCCGAGCAAACGCGGAAUCCCGCCCCGUUGAACUUUGUGUCGGAGGUUGGGGCCAAAGAUACUAGAGGAGCUUCUACGAUCUUUGAUUGGGACUGGGACUGGGACGUUAGACCAUGCUGACUGCUGAGCUGCACUUUCUCCGCCUGCUGAGUCGCUACCUUACCAUGUCCCUGUUGCUUAUAUUUCAGCUAUCUCAGGGCGAGUUCCAGAAGUCAGUGUUGGACACCGGGACUGCCAGCUGCCGAGAGAUAUGUUCGUGCCGACCUCCCCCUUUACCCCCGCCGCCUCCGCCCCCUCCACCGCCCAGGCAAGCGGGCUCUCCAACUGUAAAACCAACUGAUUAUCCCCCAUUGAAGCCCUGGUGGACAGACAUGGUCAUUUUAAUUGCAGUGGGUUGUGCAACGCUUGCUUUCCUGGUGGUAGUUGUUAUUAUCUGCUACAAAGCAAUAAAAAGGAAGCCCAUGCGAAAAGAAGAGAAUGGGACAAGUCGAGCUGAAUAUGCAAUGACUGCCCAAAACAGCAAAAUGGCGGACAGAAAUAGCGUACUCAUUUAAACUUUAAAAAGGCAGCAUCACCACCAAGUUGUUUGGAGAUAGGAGUUUAGUGUGAAAUGCACACUUACAUGUGUGCUUAGUUUGGGGGAAAGAAAAGUCUUCUGAGGAUAAGGACCUAAUUUCAAAGAAAAGUGAACACACAUAUUCCGAGCAGAGAAGCAGCCUGCCCUUCAGUCCAGUUGACUAAUAAGGUGGAGGACAAAGCUGCCAGAUCAAAUAUGAAACAAGACCUCACAAAAGGCAUAACUGUUGCUUGUAGCGUCCAUGAAAAGCGAUAAAUCAAGACGUCUUUGUACCCAGGUGAAUCUCAACUUGUUCUUGCAAACAUUCAAUAAAUUCCAAAUGUUAUUACAAUUAAUUUGGCACCAGAAGCGCUGAUGUUGGAGUCUUUACCUGCACGAAUAAAACAGGUCACAAUGAAAGAGGAGAAGAUCACUUCCAUAAAACCAACGGACCAACAAAGAACAUGGCCGUCCAUCAUGCCAGGCACAACUGCAGGCUGAUUGACUAUGCAAUCCCUUUCUUGAAGACAUCUCAUCGAAAUGUACCGACCGAUCCAUUCAGAAAACAUAGCCAGUCAGGUUUUGUGUACGACCUUUCAAACAGGUGCUUUUUAUUCUUUGUUGGCAUAUCAUAAUUUAAUCGAUAAAGCCUUUUCUACACUGGCCAGUGUGAUGUUCUUCUAAAUCACAAUAAAGUGUUUGAUCAAAAUUCACAAAUUUGGUACAACACCAAGUUAUUUUUGCCUCAAGACCAGGUCAUGUGAUUUUUAUUUCAUCAGGGUCAAAUGUUUAAUUUCUAUGAUAAAUAUGAAAUAGAAGUGGAAGUAAACCGUAUUGCCUUGUAGAUUUCCUCCCACUUUUUUCCCCCUCCUGACCUCCCUCUUCCUCCAUUCAAACAUUAUUGGCUAUUCCUCCCUCCCAGGUCUACUUUCCAGCCUGAUCAAUGUCCAAAGUGCUGAAAGUCUGAGCCUUGAAUAUACAUGACCACCAAGCAUGGGAGGUGCAUGUUGGCACAAGAAUCCCAAAGAUUCACUAAAUCCUUAAAGAUAUCUCAUCUCAGUCCGAAUUUGGCGACUGCUUGCCCUGAAAUUGUUCCCGCCAGUUCUAAACUCUCCAGCCAAAUGAAGCCACCUCAACAUAUCUACCCUGCCAAUUUCAUCAUGUUUUUCAAUGAAAUUCCCAUUGUUCUGCUUAAACCUCAAUGAGAAUACGUUAAUCUAUGUCAAACUCUUCUCAUAGGACAAUCCAUAUCCCAGAAAUGAACCUUAACAUUUCUUCUGCACUGCUGACAAGGCAACCAUAUCCCCUUGCAAAUUGGACAAAGUCCACUCUGUCCUUUUAUGCAGGUCGAUAAACUUACUUAGGAAGCAGCAAUGAUCCUGCUGGCUCCCCAGUAGUAAUGGUUUGCCGAUCUAAAAAUGUAAUUUGGACUUUUUUAUGAACCUUUAUUUUUAUGCAUCAACCUUUCAUGCAUUAUCUUUUCAAAUUGCGUUUUAAACAAUAGUACUCCAUUCCUUCUUACUAAUCUGGGCUUUGAAAAUGACCUCUGCCUAAUUACAGUUAGCUAGCUGCCCCUCCAACUUUGUCAGACCAAUUGAUCACCAGUUCCCUAUUAUCUCUCUCACUUUUUUAAUUAAUAACUUUUGCCUUUCUUUCAAACGAAUAGCAUAUUACAGAGCCUUAUUAUUAAUAUUGGAAGGUCAUCUUUAAUGAAUCUGCUGUAUGCAGAUGCUAGGAAGCGGGCCAUUAGAUCCAAAGAAUUUUAACUGCCAUUAGCCCCCUAAUAUCUCAAUUUGCCUUAGGUUUUCACUCUCAUUGAAACCUUCUUUGCCCUAUAUUGCUGGUUAACUUGUGGAAACAAGGACCUGCAGGUGCUGGUUUACCAAAGAAAGACACAAAACACUCAGCGGGGUCAGUCAGCAUCCCCGGAGAAUAUGGACAGUGAAGUUUUGGGUCAGGACUGGUCUGAAGCUCAGGGUCACAACCUGAAAUAUCACCCGAGUAACUCCAGUGUUUUGUGUCUUUCCUAGCUGGUAAACUUACUGUUUUCUGCAGUAAAAACACAAAUAUAUUAGCUUAAAGCCUCAAAUAUUUCCUUUUUGCAUGUCAUUAUUAUUAUGUCAAUUAAUAUCAUUGUAAGAUUAUUCCACCACACUGCCCCUGCAUCCUCAUCUGUCAUAGUUGACCUCUGAUUGUGGAACAGAGUACCAUGAUCUUUUGUUUUGUUUAACAUCACAAAACCAGGAUGAACCACUUUGUGUCACAGAAAGUACAAUCAUACGGUGCUUAUCAUUACUCAUAAAGUGCUCCUUUACUCCAUGGUCUUGACCUUCCAUUUUAUUGUUACAACCACGCUAUGUGAAUCCUCCCCUACUUUUUAUUUAAUAAAAUGCAUAGAUGGUCAUCCACAACUCACAUUAUCAAACAUCCCCAUCCCAGCCUCGUGUAUCUGGAGUUUGUCCCAACAGAAUUGCUCUCUCCCCAGAAUAUAUUCCUGAGCCCUGGCAAUUGAAAACCCUGCAGCAUUCUGCAUUCUUCAAGCCACAGAUUUAACAUUCUCAUCUGUUCCACUCUGUGUGUGUGUGUGUGUGUGUGUGUGUGUUUGUGAGUGUGUGUGUGUGUGUGUGUGUGUGU